AUUUUUUCUUUCUUUUUCGCUUUAAUGGCUGACAGAAACCAUGAUUGUGUAGCCUCAAACCUACUCUGCUCAGAGACCAUUGGUCUGUGUUUUGAUGAUCUUGGCUCUAUUGCCAUAGAUAUGCAAACCCAUGAAUCCGAUGGUGAUGAAGCUUUGAUCUUUGACAACAUUGAAUCAGACCAUUUAGUUGAUUUUCCAGUUUUGAGUGAAGAGAGCUUUGUUUUGAUGGUGGAGAGGGAGAGGCGGCAUUUGCCUGCAGAUGAUUAUCUCUGCAGAUUGAGAGCUGGGGACUUGGAUUUGUCCUUUAGAAGUGAUGUUCUUGACUGGAUUUGGAAGGCUCAUUCACAUCUUGGGUUUGGAGAGUUCAGCUUUUGUUUGUCAAUAAAUUACUUGGAUCGCUUCCUCGCAGUCUAUGAACUGCCAAGAGAUAAAACUUGGACAGUGCAAUUGUUAGCUGUGGCCUGUUUGUCAUUAGCCGCUAAAGUGGAGGAGAUUAGUGUGCCUUUGACCGUGGAUUUACAGGUGUGCGACCCAAGAUUUGUGUUUGAAGGAAAAACAAUUCAGAAAAUGGAACUUCUUGUGUUGAGCACCUUGAAGUGGAGGAUGCAGGCUUAUACACCUUGUACAUUUAUAGACUAUUUCCUAAGAAAGAUUAACGACAACCAAUUGCCGUCACUACACAUCACAUCAAGAUCAAGGCGGCUUAUUUUGAGCACAACGAAAGGGAUAGAUUUCUUGGAAUUCAGGCCUUCAGAGGUUUCUGCAGCAGUGGCGAUUUUUGUUUCGGGAAGAACAGAAGCAAUAGAGUUAGUGAUGGCAAUUCCUUCAUUCAAUCAUCAAGGACAAAGGGAGAGAUUGGUAAAAUGCAUUGAACUGAUUCAGAAUUGGAACUUCAAGGGCGAUUUGGGCAUUGGAUCAAUGCCUCAAAGUCCAAAUGGGGUUUUGGAAGCUGCAUGCUUCAGCUACAAAAGUGGCGAUGAACAGACCAUAGGAUCAUGCCCAAGUUCAUCAACUACUACUCCAAUUACUAAGAGGCGGAGAGUGGAAAGACAUUGUUACCCAAAACGCAGAAGACUGCGUCACACCUAAAGGCCAAACACUUGUGGUUGAAGUGGAAUUAUUUUGUGGCAGUUAAAAUGUGGCUUCAAGAAAUUUAUAAAGAGAGG